AUGCCAAACAGGCUUGUGCAGUUGGGAGGAGGAACCAUUAAACUCAUGUCUAGUUUAAUGGUUUCAGAAGCCAAUCUUCCAAAAACAGCAUUUGCUUUGACUCCAGUGUUCAGAGAAGGAGCAGGCGCUGACAUAUUCUUUAGAGACCCUAUUGUCCUCGACGAGAACCUCUCGGUAGAGUUUUCUUCGCCUUCUUCCUCGAAAUACAAGUCUCUUGAGGACUUGGGCUCACCUGAAGAGGCAGGAAAAAGAUUACUUAGACAGUACUUGACUGAGUUUAUGUCCACUAGACUCGGUGUCAAGCGCGAGUCUAGCAUCCUUACAACUUCCUCCAGAGUUGCAGAUGAUGGUAAACUCUACUACCAAGUCGAGGUGAAUCCAAAACCAAUCAACCUCUCAGGUGAACAUAAAGUCAUACGCAAACAACAAAUUGCUGUGAUGCCGCAAGAUAGAGUGGCUCGUUUGGAAUGGGACAGGCGUUACCUGGCUGUUCUAGGAGCUGAGAACAAUAGACUCUACUCACUGAGACUCCAAACACCUGAGAAAUUUUUCCAGGAUGAGGAAAAAGACCUAAGAAAGACCUAAGAAGAGUUAUGGAUUCGUUCAGAGUCGAGAAGAUUUAGAGAGAGAGAUGUAGCCACUGGUUUACAAACAAUGUUGUUGCUGGUUAUGUUCCUCCUCCCCUUCUAUUUUUUGUAAUCUUAAAAGCAUAAGCCAAGCUUAAGCUAAACGUUUUGUACAUGAUUUACGUUUUCAGAUUCCUUUCUUGAUCAGAGGAAUUUGUAAUCUCAAAUCUAU